ACUGGCUAAUGCUUCACCGACCGCUUGAAAUGUUUAUACAGCUUGCAACUAAUAACCGGAUAAAAUUUGUUAAAUGAAGAAAACUGUUGUGUUUUAUGCCGCAUUUCUUCCGUUAGCGGAAAUUCAAAUAUUACGUGACAGUCCAUAAAUUGGAUUAGCGCUAAGUAAAGCCACCAGUGAGUGAUAGUGUAGCAAACUUGCUAGCUAGCCAAACGGAUUGCUGGGAGUGGACACCGGAGGAUAUACGUAUGGACUUCUCUGAUUUUGACAAGCUGGAGGUAUUAGCAUUUAUGCGAUAGAUUCAGGACCUGAAUGGUAGUGUUAUAGACAAAUCUGCGUUUGUCGUCCUUCACCGUUUUAGGGUGUGAGCGAACCCUACAGACAUUACAAGAUUAACGUCUUUAAUAGCUACCAGCUCGUGUAGAAGUCAUUAGGUUAACAACAUGGAUAGUUAUAGUCAGCGGUUUGAAUCCGGACGAGACAGCAAAUCUCAAAAGAAAAAGGGUUCUUACAACCACAGCACGUCAUGCUACGAUGAAGGAGACCGCAAACCCAAGUUUCACUUACCCUUUAGAAACAUCACAGAUGAUGUGCUGGACAGAUUCGCCAGUAUUCGAAUUCCGGGGAGUAAAAAAGAGCGGGCACCCUUAUCACACUCUAAGCACAAUACCAAUGAUUGGUCUAUUUCUUCAUCAUCUACUUCACAUCAGUUUGAGGAACUGUCAUCAAAGAUCACCUCAGAAAAAGAGAUCUUGGCUCUGUUUGAAAAGAUGAUGGAGGACAUGAACUUGAAUGAGGAAAAAAAGACUCCUUUGAGAGAAAAGGACCUCAACACAAAGAGAGAAAUGGUCAUCCAGUAUAUUUUUACUGCUUCUAAAACUGGCACCUUGAAGAGCAGCCAUCAGAUAUCUCCCCAGGAAUUUCUGGGAGAGCUGAAGUCAGGAGUGAUGGACGAACGCCUGUUUGCCUGUUUAGACUCACUGCGUGUGUCCCUUACCAGCAAUCCUGUCAGUUGGGUGCAGAGUUUUGGGCAUGAGGGUCUUGGACUGCUGCUGGACAUUUUGGAGAGGUUGCUGUUCAAGAAGCAGCAGGAGAAGAUUGACAAAAAGAACCAACAUAAGGUUGUCCAGUGUCUCAAAGCUUUCAUGAACAAUAAGUAUGGCUUGGAUCGAAUCCUUGGGGAGGAGAAAAGUCUUGCUUUACUGGCAAGAGCCAUUGAUCCCACCCAGUCUGCUAUGAUGACUGAUGUGGUAAAGCUGCUGUCAGCCAUCUGCAUUGUGGGCGAAGAGAACACCCUGGAGAAGGUCCUUGAAGCCAUCACCACAGCAGGGGAAUGGCGAGCCAUCGAGAGGUUCAGUCCUAUUGUGCAAGGACUACGUGAUCGCUCUGUUCAAUUACAAGUGGCAUGCAUGCAGCUCAUCAAUGCACUAGUAACAUCUCCUGAUGAGCUGGACUUCAGGCUGCACAUCAGAAAUGAAUUUAUGCGCUGUGGCCUGAAAGAGAUAUUGCCGCAACUGACAACCAUCAAGAACGAGGCCCUUGACAUUCAGCUAAAGGUAUUUGUGGAGCACAAAGAAGAGGACAUGAUAGAGUUUUCCCACAGACUCGAAGACAUCAAGAGUGAGCUGGAUGAUGCGGGGGAUGUAUUCAGCAUUGUGCAGAGCAUGGUGAAGGACAGCAGUGCAGAGCCACAUUUCCUGUCUAUACUGCAGCACCUGAUGCUUAUUCGCAAUGACUACUUGAUCAGGCCCCAAUACUUUAAGAUCAUUGAGGAGUGUGUGUCUCAGAUUGUGCUCCAUCGUAAUGGCACUGACCCAGACUUCAGUUACCGCAAGCGCCUAGAUGUGGACUUCAGCCACCUCCUGGAGGUGUGUGUGGACAAGGCUCGAAUUGAUGAGUAUGAACAAAGAGCUUCAGAACUGGCACAGAAGUUUGAUGAGGAGUUUGUAAGCAGACAGGAGGCACAAGCUCAGCUGGUUAAGUGUGAAGAAAAAAUAGCUGAACUCCAAGCAGAGCUGCAGGCCUUCAGGUCCCAGUUUGGAGCUGUACCUGCGAGUCUCUCCUCUGCCCAUGUUCGCCAGGGGUUAGCCCCCUCAGCAUUCCCGUCCGGAGCACCAUCCCCUGCUCCAGCAUCUGGGAUGCCAGCUCCCCCUCCACCACCUCCUCCGCCUCCCUUACCUGGCUGUCCUGCCCCACCUCCUCUUCCUGGAGUACCUCCUCCAUUUGGUGCCCCUCCACCACCCCCUCUAGGGUUUGGGGGUGCUCUAGGCUCCCCCACCCACCAUGCACUGCCUUAUGGCCUCAGGCCUAAGAAAGAAUUCAAACCAGAGACCUCCAUGAAGCGCCUCAACUGGUCCAAGAUUCGUCCCCAGGAAAUGUCAGAGGGCUGUUUCUGGGUGCUGGCUGAUGAGGACCAAUAUGCAAAACCAGAAUUACUGAGCAGAGUUGCUCUCACUUUUGGUUCACAAAGAACAGAAACCAAAGCCAAAAAACAAGAGGAGGAUCUGGAGGAUAAGAAAUCCAUAAAGAAGAGAAUUAAGGAGCUCAAGGUGCUCGAUCCCAAGAUUGCACAGAAUCUAUCCAUCUUCCUGGGUUCCUUUCGUAUGCCGUAUCAGGAAAUUCGCCGCAUGAUAGUGGAGGUGGAUGAAGAGCAACUCACUGAACCUAUGAUCCAGAACCUUGUAAAGCACCUGCCAGAGCAGGAGCAGCUGAAUGCCUUGGCCAAGUAUGAAAACGAGUACGCAAAUUUGUCAGAGCCUGAGCAGUUUGGGGUUGUGAUGAGCAGUGUGAAGCGGCUGCGCCCUCGCCUCAGCCACAUCCUCUUCCGGCUGCAGUUCGAGGAGCAGGUAAACAACCUGCGUCCGGAUAUCCUGGCUGUAAAUGCUGCCUGUGAUGAGGUCAGGAAGAGCUGCUCCUUCGGCCGCUUGCUGGAGGUGGUGCUGCUGCUGGGGAAUUACAUGAAUGCAGGCUCUCGAAAUGCCCAGUCUUACGGCUUCGACCUCAGUUCCCUCUGCAAGCUAAAGGACACAAAGUCAGCUGACCAAAAGACCACAUUGCUCCACUUCCUGGCCCAAGUAUGUGAGGAGGAUUUUCCAGCUGUGAUCAAGUUCAUUGACGACCUAGAGCAUGUCGACCGGGCCAGCAGAGUGUCUGCAGAGAAUCUGGAAAAGAGCCUCAGGCAGAUGGAGAGGCAGCUGCUGCAGCUGGAGAGAGACCUGGAGACUUUCUCCUCCCCCGAUGACCCCAACGACAUGUUCUUCACUAAAAUGGCUAGCUUCAGCAAGGUUGCACGGGAGCAGUAUGGCAAGCUGGUGAUCAUGCACAGCAAUAUGGAGACGCUUUAUCAGAACCUGCUGGAGUACUUUGCAGUUGAUCCCAAGAAGACCUCUGUGGAGGAGCUGUUCACUGAUCUCAGCAACUUUCGUUCCAUGUUCACUCAAGCACUGAAGGAAAACCUGAGGCGGAGGGAGUCAGAAGAGAAACAAAGGAGAGCACGGGCGGCUAAGGAGAAGGCUGAGCGUGAAAAGCAGGAGAGACAGCAGAAGAAGAGGAGGUUGCUGGAAGUCAAUGCAGAGAAUGAUGAGACAGGUGUGAUGGAUAGUUUGCUGGAAGCCCUACAGUCAGGAGCUGCAUUCAGAGACCGGCGGAAGAGAGCGCCAAGACCCAGAGAUAACCAGCAGCAGACGAUCAGUCCCAGCUCCUUCCGGCAGGUUCUCAGGCCUGUUAAUCAUGAAAACAACAAGGCACCUUUUCAAAAGUCUCGCUCACGGCAGAAUAUAAAUGUGGGUUCAGCAGUGGUGAAAACUCCCCCUGCCAAGGAGGCCCAUAACGAGUCUGAGGGCCAUCCAUCUGCAGCCAGGUCGAAGGCUGUGCCGUGUCCGGAGUCAGGCCACAGGUACAAGAACACCCUGGGUCACAGCUACGGGCUAGAUAGAGAAAGGGUGGUGGAGAGAGAGAUGGUUAAACUGGCUGAGAAGGAGAUGGAGGUUGAAGCGGAGCCUCCAGCCUUCCAGCCGUCCUCCACUGGUGCUGCAGUCAGCAGCUGCAGCACCAAUGGAGAGUCAGAUGUAGAGACUCUCCUGGCCAGACUCAGGGCCUUAUAAGGGAUACAGCAAGUUUGUAUGCACACAUCUGAACAUGCUUUGAAUGUGACCUAAACAAUUUCAACAGUUUUAUAAAGGAGAAGAAGCUUCAGUUAGAGAGAAAGUUGUGAAUUUGUCAGACGUAAAUUUAUGACGUAAAUACCAGUUAAAUUACAAAUAUUAACAUUAGCUAGGGAAACCAGGACUCUUUUAAAGAGUCAUACAAUUAAUUUGUAUAAAGCUGCUAAUGUAUUCAAAAACCAUGUUUUAGCACUUGAUGGUUCAGAGAUAAAAGUCCUUUUUUAAAAGAAAAUUCUCAUCACACUUUGAGCUCAUCACACUUUGGGCCACACAGAAUUUGAUGGAAAUGCUAACAGCUAGAAAUAAAAUAAAACUAAAUAAAUAAGCCAAAUAGAUUCAGCAGAGUUUUUACCUGAUCCUGCAAAGUGCACUGCCAAAAACAUUUGGCUAUCACAGAAAUAUUCCUAACAAGGGGAAUGACUGAGCUUUUUCUCUGAAAGUAAAAUAUGCAAUGUUGCUAAGCACUUUCUUUGUAAUCCUGAAGUUUGCAAUAUUAAUAAAAAUUCUAUCACAUUUUCUUUCAAAUUGGCAUUUCCUAUAAUUGCUUCUGGCAUUUAUUUUACCCUAUAUAUUAUUCUACCUUUAUUUUAGUUUUUGAAUCCACAUUAGUUAUUUUCAUGUGCAUGUUAUUAGUCAGUCAAAAGGACUAUACGGUUAUAUCUGCAUUUAUUACUUUUGGUAUUUAAUUAUUUUCUAUAUUUUUCUGUCUUUUUUCUCCUUUGAGUCUUCUAUUCAUUCCUUGUGAGGCGAUGAGGUGUGUUUUAUAUUCAAAGCAUUGAUCUAAUUGUUUGUAUUUUCUAUAAAAAUGUUACCUGCAUUCUAUAAAACUAUAUAUAUAUAUAUAUAUAUAUAUAUAUAUACACACACACACACACACAUAAAGGAUCAAUACAUAGGAGUAACAGGAUAUAAUAGUAAUUAGAUGUUAUUUGACAAGAUGAUUUUGGUUGUACUGGUUUGACUGUGACUGUUUAGUCACUGUGUCAUUGCAAAUGAGACAACACUUGUACACAGUGAGAACAAGUCGGCAAAACCAGUGUCUAAGAGAAUUAUUGUCCAAAAUGUGGCAAAAAAGAAACAAGUUCAUCCAGCCACAGGUUAACCAGGACUGAUGCUGUGUUUUGUUCUCCUACAUUCCUGCUGAAACCACUCGCAUCGUGAGCAUAUUUGUUGUAUCUUUAUUCAUAUCACUCACUUUUAUAUACCCGUUUACAAUAAAAUGA